AUGGAAGCCAGAAAUGUGUCUGAAAUUUCAGGAUUUCUCCUACUGGAAGUCACCCAAGACCCAGAGUUACAGCCCCUUGUCUUCCUCCUCUUUCUCUCCAUCUACCUGGUCACCGUCCUGGGAAACUUGCUCAUCAUCCUGGCAGUCCUCACAGACCCUCACCUCCACCACCCCAUGUACAUCUUUCUCUGCAAUCUGUCCUUCGUGGACAUCUGUAUAAGCACCACGACUCUCCCCAAGAUGCUGCUGAACCUUCGAGAUGAUUCCCAGGCCAUCAGCUACCCGGGUUGCCUCACGCAGCUCUUUUUCGUUCUGCUUUUUACCGGGCUGGAGAGCUUCCUGCUGUCAGGAAUGGCCUAUGACCGCUAUGUGGCCAUCUGCCACCCGCUGUGCUAUGCGGCCAUCAUGAACUCUGGCUUCUGUCUGUUGGUCAUUCUGUCCUCUCUGCUCCUGAGUCUAGCUGAUGCUUUGCUUCACAGUCUUAUGCUGCUGUCUUUGACCUUCUGUGCAACACCACAAAUCCCCCUUUUCUUCUGUGAAGUGGUCCAGGUCAUCAAGGUGGCCUGCUCGGAUACGCUCCUCAACAACAUUCUCAUCUACUCGGCCAUGUGUGUCUUCGGGGGCCUCCCACUGGGUGGCAUCAUAUUCUCCUACACCCAGAUUGUCUCCUCUGUUUUGAGAAUCUCUUCGGCUGGUGGCAAGUCCAAGGCAUUUUUGACCUGUGUGUCUCAUCUCUCGGUGGUGACCUUGUUCUACGGGACAGGUUUGGGGGUGUACAUCAGCUCCGCCAUCACCAGCUCCCCCAGGAACACGGCUGUGGCUUCCACGGUGUACAUGAUGGUCCCCCAAAUGCUGAACCCCUUCAUCUACAGCCUGAGGAAUAAGGAUAUGGUAGGGACUUUGAGACAGCUAAGCCGGAAGAUACUCUUAGUUUCUCAGGAUGUUGCUUAA